AUGAAGCCCGCCAAAAACCCAAACUUGGUUGAGAUUCCAAAGCCCAAAGGCCUCCCGGUGAUUGGCAGUCUACACCAUAUCGAUCUCGAGUCGCCGCUGUUCUCAUUGAUAGAGUUGAUUCAGCCAUUGGGGCCCAUCUGCCAGCUCACAUUUGGAAGCGAGCUCAACAUCUUCGUGUCAAGUAUUGAGCUCUUGAAUGAGCUUUGCGACGAGUCAAGAUUCCAAAAAAUCGUAACAGCAGAGCUCGAGAAGCUGCGCCAUGUUGUCCACGAUGGGCUGUUCACCGCGAGGAAUGAGGAGCGCAAUUGGGAAAUUGCUCACAGGAUCCUGAUGCCGGUUUUUGGCACGAUCAAGAUUCGUGAAAUGUUUCCUGAAAUGAAAGAUCUGGCGCAGCAACUGUGUCUAAAAUGGGCUCGCUAUGGCGAAGAGUACGUGAUUGAUGUCACAGCCGAUUUCACUCGGCUCACCCUCGAUACGCUUGCGCUGUGCACCAUGGGCUUCAGAUUCAACAGUUUCCACAACGGAACAGUCCUGCAUCCCUUCGUCGACAGCAUGGUGAGGACAUUGAAAGAGGCCAGUGUUCAAGCGGCUUUGCCAAACUUCAUCAACUCCCUCCGAAAGAAGUCCUGGCGCCGGUACGAGAAAGAUACGGCCUUUAUGAGAAAAUUGUGUCAAGACAUCAUUGAUAAAAGAAAAAGUCAGACGGACACAGAUUCUCACGACCUGUUGGCAGCACUCCUGCGGGGCCGUGACCCCAAGACUGGCGAGGGACUGUCUGACGAUUCCAUCAUCGACAAUAUGCUCACGUUUCUUAUCGCUGGCCACGAGACCACUUCGGGACUCCUAUCAUUUGCCAUGUACUACUUGCUGGCAAACCCACAGACGAUGGAAAAGGCACGCCAAGAGGUUGACGAAGUUAGCCAAGGCUCCCCAAUUGCGGUUGAGCACCUCUCCAAACUGCCGUAUCUCAACGCGGUUCUCAAGGAGACGCUCCGUCUUCAGCCCACAGCUCCUGGCUUCAUCUUAAGCUCACCUAAGGAUGAGAUUAUUGGUGGAAAGUAUCUCAUCCCAGCGAAUAUCCCUAUUGGGGUUCUACUUCAUAUGGUUCAUCUGGAUAAGGCCGUUUACGGCGAGGACGCCGCCGAGUUUAAGCCGGAGAGAAUGCUGGACGAAAACUUCAAUAAGCUGCCUCCUAAUUCCUGGAAGCCGUUCGGCAAUGGAAUGAGGGGAUGCAUAGGUAGAGCCUUUGCAACCCAAGAGGCACUGUUGAUUGUGGCGAUGCUGCUGCAGAGCUUCACAUUUGAGAUGGCGGAUCCUGGAUACAAGCUCAAAAUUAAAGAGACCCUGACAGUCAAGCCAGACAACUUUCGCAUGAAAGCUAAGCUCAGGAGAGGGGGCACUGCCACGGAUUUUCAGCGCGAAUUACAGUCCCUGGGCUCGGUGGGUGCCAAACUGAGCUCUACUCCCUCAGUUACUUCAGCACAGACUGGCGGAGGCGAUAAGAAGCCGCUCACAAUUCUUUACGGGUCGAACAGUGGCACAUGCGAGGCUUUGGCAUACAGGCUGGCAUCUGAUGCCACUCUCCACGGAUUCUACGCUCGGAAGAUUGCACCCUUGAACGCAGCCCGUAACAGCCUCCCCAAAUCAGAACCCGUCAUCAUUCUUGCUGCAUCUUAUGAUGGUUUGCCGUCAGACAACGCCGAAGAGUUCUUUGACUGGCUGAACACGGCUGAAAAGGACUCCUUGAAAGGAGUUUCGUACUCAGUGUUUGGCUGUGGACAUCGCGACUGGGUCGCAACAUUUCAACGAGUUCCCAUUCUCAUAGACGAUCUUCUGCAGAGGGCCGGUGCCGAACGAUUUGCGAAUAGGGGCCUUGCAGACUCAGCAGUGAUGGACCUCUUUGUGGAACUCGAAAAAUGGACCACCGAUUCCGUUUGGCCAGCUAUUUCGCAGACGGAUGGAAAACAGGAUAACGAUGGAGAAGGCAAAUUGAUCAGCUCGCUGCUCAAAGUCGAGUUUUCUCAGCCGCGCCAACUGCAGCAGUAUUCCCACCUCGUAGAGGCAACAGUGAUGGAAUCACGGAGUCUGACAACACCUUCUGCUAUUGGCAAGAAGAUGCACGUUGAUAUCCAGCUUCCUUCAGGAGUAUCAUAUCAUCCUGGCGACCAUCUUCUUGUGCUGCCUGUAAAUCCAAUAAGAAAUGUUAAGCGUGUUCUAUCGCGCUUCCACUUGACGUGGGACACCAUUGUGCGAGCAUCUGGAAACGAAUCUGUUCGCAUACCGAUCGAAACAGCCAUGACAGUACACGAGUUGCUGAGUUCAUACUUUGAGCUGGCUCAGCCGGCGACCCCGAGGGACAUCCGGGUCCUUGCGGCUGCGGCUGAGGAUGAAGCGACUAAGCAGGUGUUGAACAACCUGGCAACCACAUCCUACCUUGAGGACAUCCAAGAAAAGAAAACUUCUUUACUCGAUCUUCUAGAGAAGUUUCCAGAGAUUUCCAUCGCGUUUGGAACCUAUUUGACCCUUUUGCCAUCUCUUCGUCUACGCACAUACUCUAUUUCAUCAUCGCCAUCCUGGAACUCGAGUCGUGCUACGUUGACGCUCUCAGUUCUGGACGAGCCGGCAACUACACCCGGAUCUAAACGCUAUUUAGGUGUAGCUUCUAAUCAUCUUGCCGGUUUGACGCCAGGGGAUCUGAUCCACGUGGCCACACGCCCAGUGAAAGGGAUUUUCCAGAUGCCCGCCGAUUUGUCCAAAGCACCAACCAUCAUGAUUGCAGCAGGGGCUGGUCUCGCGCCGUUUAGGGGAUUCAUCCAAGAGCGAGCUUACCAGCAGCAAAAUGGAGUUCAGCUGGCACCCGCCGCUCUGUUUUUCGGAUGUAGAUCGUCACAUGAUGAUUUGUAUCGCAGCGAGCUUGAUGCUUUUGAAUCGUCAGGAGUCAUUCGCGUGUUCCGCGCCUACAGCAGAGAAGACGUGGGCUCCAAGUCCAACACCAGGAAGGGAUACGUCCAGGAUAGUUUGCAGGCAGAAAAAGAUGUGUUCGUCCAGCUGUGGAAUGCUGGAGCAAAGGUUUAUGUCUGCGGAAGUGUGAAAAUGGCUUCUCAGGUGAAGGACUUGGUAGCAAAUCUUGUGUACACGGCUGAGCCGAUGGACGCGCAAAAGGAAUUCACGCCGCAGGAGUGGUUCAAGCGCUUUGAGAAGACGCGGUACGCUGCUGAGAUUUUCACCUAG